AACCAACUACCACCACACAAAAUGGUGAGUCAUCACAGCAGUGAAAUCGUGAAAAGGUGUAAAGUGAAACAUGGACUGUUAGCCACAAGUGUAUAGGAAGGGUGAAGCGUGUACUCGUGAAAGUUUUCCGCAGACCGGAACAUCGCGAGCGACUCACAGAUCAUAAUCUAAUAGUGUUGUGCAUAAAUAGUGAAUAAACAUGAGCGACCUCAGCAAGAACGACGUUGAAAGGGCAUCCUUCGCCUUCUCAAUUUACGAUUUCGAUGGCUCCGGCAAAAUCGACGCCUACAACGUUGGCGACGUCCUGAGGGCGCUCAACUCAAACCCCACAUUGGCCACCAUUGAGAAGCUCGGAGGAACCAAGAAGAAGGGCGAGAAGACCCUAACGAUCGAAGAGUUCCUUCCCAUCUACAGCCAAGCAAAGAAAGAUAAGGACCAGGGUUGCUACGAAGAUUUCUUGGAAUGUCUGAAAUUGUACGACAAGAACGAGAACGGCCUUAUGCUUGGCGCUGAGCUUACACACACCCUCCUGGCUUUGGGCGAGAAGUUGAGUGACGCUGAAGUCGAUGAAGUAGUUAAGGACUGCAUGGACCCUGAAGAUGAUGACGGCAUGAUCCCCUACGCACCAUUCCUGAAGAAGGUGAUGGCGUAGAAGAACGCAUCUCGUCAUAUCUUUAGUUAUAAGAUCCUUUCCUACGGAAAAUGUGCGACGGUUGGGGUGCAAAGCCGGAGGAGGAGGCGGCGCCCGCGGAGGGCUAAGCUCCGUCCAAUUGUUGGAGCCGGACGCCGACCGCCGGACGGCGCUCAAACCGUGCCGUGCCGUGCCAUCCGCCGGACGACGCCCGACCCGCCUCACCCCGCCGCACAACCCGUAUUCACCAUCAUACAUACGGACUCAAUCCCUUUUUAUACGCAACAACAAUAUUGUACAAUUUACUACCGACGACUGUACAUACUAAAGUAAGAUUAUAUUAAACUACUGUAAAACACACGUUGUACGUGUCUUUUUCAAAUUUUUAUUAUUUAUUUACUUAUUAAGUACUCGUUUAUAAUGAUGAUAAAAAAAUACAUAAAAA